AUGCCGGAUGCCAAGAAGAAAGAUUGCAAGGCUCUGUUCUGCAUCCAAUCGGCGGUAGACUCGGUGAAUUUUGAUCGAAUUUCUCAUGUUGAAUCAGCUAAGGAGGAAUGGGAUGUUCUGGUGAAGUAUUACGAAGGCGGUGAGAAGAUGGGAGAAGACAAAAACAUUGCAGGUUAUGUUGCUAAGGUGCAGAAUCUUGUUCAUCUCAUGAAAGGUUGUGGUGAAACUAUAACUGAUAAGAUGGUAGUUGAGAAGGUAAUGUGUACGUUAACCUCUCAGUUUGAUCACGUUAUCGUUGUCAUUCAAGAAUCCAACAAUCUUAAAACACUGAAGUUCAAAGAUUUGACUGGUUCGUUGGAGGCGCAUCAGUUGAGAAUUGUUGAAAGAAAAGGUGUUCAUGAUUCGAUACAGACACUACAGGCUCAAACAUGGAAGAAGCAUGAUGGUUAUAACAAGUUCGGAGGUAAGACUCAAAGUAAAAAGUUUUGGUCGAACCCUCAGAAGCAUAAGGUUAAUUCUGAAUCCUCCAAAAAUAGAGAAGGAACUUCGACUAAUAAAGAAGAAAAGAAAGUUACAAAUGAACAUGUCGACUUCAAGAUCGGGUUCCUCAACACAGGUUGUUCGAACCACAUGACUAGUCGAAGAGAGUGGUUAGAAGACUUCGAGGAAUCAAAGAAGAGCAAGAUAAAACUUGCAGAUAAUAGCUCAUUGCAAGCAGAAGGUACAUGCGACAUAGUUAUUCAGAGGAGCAAUGGUGGAAAAACUAUGAUCAAAGAUGUACUUUACGUACCCAUAAUGAAGUGCAAUUUUCUUAGUGUUGAAAAAAUGGUCGAAAAAGGUUUCUCAGUCGUGAUGAAAAUUAGAGCAUUAGAACUGUUCGACACAAAGAAUAAUCUGGUCUUAAAGUAUCCGUUUUCGAAGAACAUGACAUUUAAGAUCAAGAUCUGCUCGACAGAGAUACAAUGCUUGAAGACAGUUGUCGACAACAAGGAUAAUUGGUUGUGGAAUUUGAGUCGAAAGUUGUGGAUCUAUGUGAUCAAGCAAAAGGACGAAGUAUUUGAAAUCUUUAAGAGAUUUAAGAAGCUUGUCGAAAACCAGAGUGAAAAGAAGACCAAGGUCUUGCGUUCAGAUGAAGGUGGUGAAUACACAUCCAAGACGUUUGAAGCAUUAUGUGCAGAACAUGGUGUUGAUCAUGAGGGUGAAGUUGCUUCGAUUGUUGCUUAUAUACUAAACAGAUGCCCUACCAAGAAGCUGAAGAACAAGGUCUCUAAAGUAGUGUGGAGUGUCAAACGACCAUCAGUGAGUCAUCUGAAGGUGUUUGGCUCUAUGUGUUACAAGCAUGUUCUUAAUGCUAGAAGAAGGAAGCUUGAUGACAAGAGUGAACCUAUGGUUAUGAAUUCUGGUGAAGCAACUAACAAGCCACUGAUGGGUUAUGGCAUCGACGAAGAAACUAAUAAGGUCGAAGUUGAAUACGUUGCUAAAAUUCCAGAUAUAGUCGACAUUGAAUAA